AUGCGUCUCACUUUCAAAACUCUUGAUAACAAAAACCUUUCCCUGGAUGGAAUCAGCCCGGAUACGACGGUCGAAGAGCUGAAGCGUGAACUUGGAGGCAGGGAGGAGUUUCGCUGGGAUCCCGCACGCACUCAGGAAGCUCGUCUGAUUUUCGCUGGGCGAGUCCUUUCAGACCCAACACAAAAACUCGCGGACUGUGGCAUGCAAGAUGACGACUUCUUAGUGGUAAUGCCGCCGAGAGUGGCAACCCAGCGCUCGCGGAAAACGGCUUCUGUUUCGAGCGCUGAUGCACAGUUAAAGACGCCUCUCCAGGCCGGACUAGCCUCCGAGGCGACCGAUUCGGCAACAAUCGCCUCGGAGGCGAGCCGGGGCAUUCCCGCAGAUUCACCGCCAGCGUCCGUUUCUGCGAAGUCAAGUGGUGCCACACCUGCAGAAAGCGGUGCUCUCAGUCAAACUCCUCAAGUAGAAGGGACCACUACAAGUGGCAUCGCCUCCUCAGGGCUUGCGGUUGGCGAUGAGUAUUCUCUUUACAUGAAUCGAAUGCGUGAUAUGGGUUUCGAUGACGGAAGCAUCGAGAGAGCAAUGCGAGCAGCGCACUACAACCCGGAGCGUGCCAUAGAGUACCUUUGUAACGGUUUCCCGGCAAACACAGAGUCCCUGACAGAACCCUUGAACGAUGAAGCGAGGAGACCCGAACACCAAACUUUACCUGCACAGGCUGGAAUGGAUCAGACAAGUCGUCCUGCUGAAGCUGUGCAUCCUGAGUUGCAGCAGAGUCGGAGCGAGCUGGACAUCAUUCGCCGCUUGCCGCAUUUCGCUCUGCUCCGACGGGCAAUUCAGCAGGAUCCCUCGCAGAUCCAAUCCCUUCUGGCAGAGCUACGGCGAAUGAACCCCCGUCUCUUGGACAUUAUCCAAAGGAAUCAAGCCGAUUUUAUCAAUAUGCUGAAUGAACCUGUUACAGACGAGGAGGCAGGGCGCGAGAUGCGUCAGCUAAGAGAACUCGUUGCCCAACAGGGUCGUGGAAACAUGUAUGCGGGUGCAGAUGCACCAUCAAUGGAGCCAACGAAUGCUAUACGUAUAGAGGUAUCGCAGGAAGAGGCGGAGCAGUUGCGGCAGUUGGAGCAGAUGAUGGAACCGAUGGGCGUUUCGCGAGAUACUUGUCUCCAAGUUUGGCUUAGUUGUGAUCGGAAUACGGAAUUGGCCGCAAUGCAUCUGAUGGACAACUUGGAGGACUAUACGGCGGAGUAUGGGGCCGAGAGUGACACCGACGUUGGCGAUCACGGAGAGUCAUAA